AUGCACCCCAAUCACCGCAAGCGCUUCCUUGAAGAUCAAAAAUCCCAGAGCGAGAGCAAGGCUAUGGAGAGAUUCCAAUCCCGCGAGUGGAAGGCUGGUGAUGUCUACGCACCCCAUGAUCUCAGCCCUGCAGAGAUGAAGAAAUGGUCUAAGCGCAAGGCUCCUUCAUUCGACGCCUUCGACGCCUUGAACCUGAACCCAUUGAACCUGCACAAGAACUUCGCCAUCAUGUCCGAAUACGUUUCGCCUUUGGGCCGUAUCAAGCACCGAAACCAAACUGGCCUGCGCCCUGUCAACCAACGGAAGAUUGCUAAGGCCAUUCGGAGGGCUAUGGGACUUGGUCUCAUGCCCUCUGUCCACCGACACCCUGAAAUCCUGGCUUCGGAGGCUAGGUCGAAGAUGAGCUCCUUCUACUAG